AUGUCUACGAUGACGAGAGCGCCCAGCUCACAAGGGCCCAGUCCCGUCAGAAACACUCACAUCGCGCAUCCCAGGGCCGGCAUGGCCCCGUGGGAGUGGAAGGGCGCCAUGGCCGUGUUUCUGCUCACGAGUGCCAUCAGCGGCUACGAUGUCAGCAACGUGGCCAACAUCCAAACCCAGAUGUAUGCGGCUUUUGGGAAUAUUAAGCUCUUCCACUGGGUCGGCCUGUCGUACUUCCUCGCCAACAUGGCCGUGCUGUCCUACGCGCACAAGAUCAUCUACUGCUUCAACCUCAAGAUCAUCUACCUCAUUCAUCUGGCCAUCUUCGCGGCGGGUGCGGCGGUGGCGGGUGCAGCAUCCAACAUUACCACGGUCAUUGUCGGACGUGUGAUCAUGGGCAUCGGUGGUUCAGUAAUUCAGCAGAUCAAUAUGACGUUCAUCGCGGUGUUUGCGACAGCGGAGGAAUCUACUGGCGUAUUCGGCUUGAUUUCUGCCAUGUGGGCUACUGGCCUUGUCGUUGGCGGACCCAUUGGCAGUGCCUUUGCCGAGGACCAGUCGGCUACGUGGCGCUGGGCCUUUUAUUUCAACCUCCCGCUCGUCGGUGCCGCCUUUGUCGGAGCCUCGCUCUCCAUGCAGUCGCACUCACUCGCGCCCAAGACAUCCAUCGUGCAGCGUGUGAUCAAGAUCGAUCCACUGGGCGUCGCUCUCAACGCUGCCGCACCAGUCCUACUCUCCAUUGCGAUCACUCCGCACUUUUGCAUCUUCACCACCCGCGAAGAGCGUGCUUUCCCCAUGCACAUGCUGCGACGGCUUGAUCUCAUCCCCCUGUGGUUGGCCGCUGGCUGUGCAGGCGCUGCCUACGCCGUGACACUCUACUACACCCCCCUCUACUUUGCCUUUGCUCGAGGUCAUGACGCCCUCCAGCAGACGGAGCGCAUCCUGCCCUUUGUCAUCGUAUUCAUCUUCGUCGUCCUGCUCACGGGCGGCGUGCUCCUUCCCCGGCUCGGCUUCUACAGGAUUAUCUUCAUCCUGGCCGGGGUUUUCACCUCAGCGGGCGCGGCCGCCAUGGCGGCCACCAUCUCUGACCUGUCCACAUCGGAGGCGCAGGUCAUGGGCCUCGAGGCCCUCAUCGGCGUCGGCCUGGGCAUGCACUUUCAACACUCCCAGGGCGUCUCCAACGUCAUCAACAAGAACACGCGCGACAGGGUCGACAGCUCCGUAAUCUGCAAUCUCACUCAGAUGACGGGCAUCGCCAUCCUCGCGGUUGCGGGGGCCAUCUACCAAAAUGCUGGUUUCGAUCUGCUCCAGGACGCCAUCAACCAGGACGGCGCCUUCACCACGCACGAGGUGCGCGAGGCUCUGGCUGGUAUGUCGUCCAGCGUCUGGUACGAGGAUGACGCGGAGGUGCGCGUGCACGGUGUCGAGGCUGUUGUGCAGGUGAUUGCGGAUGAGUUCUAUAUAGUUAUUGCCAGUGGUGCGAUUUGUCUAUUGUGUGGUGUCUUUAUGAGGUGGGAGCGCUUGGAUUACGGCACGGCUAGGCCAAAGGCCGCGUCUACAUGUAGCGACGAAAAGGCGCCUGCGACGGUGUGA